AUGUCUGAGGAUUACGCCGAAGACGAUUUCGCUGAUGAUGACUUAAUUGUUCUUGGAGAUGAGGAAGAAGACGAUGAUGAUUUGUUUGAGCGCUUUCCCGAGGACGACGACGACGAGGACUCUGAUAUGACUGUCGAUGAGGAUGAUAGUGAUGACAGUAGCAAUGAAUCAGAAAUUAGCCAUGAGAAUGAAGAAAAUAAUGACCACAUGGACCACGAUAACAAUGACAAUGCUGAACCGAACCAAGCCCCUCCAAACCAGCCCUCUGCUAGUCAACAAAAUCACGCUGGUGCCAACUUAUUGAAUGACCGACUAGCCACCGAUUCCGAAUCUACAGCCACAGCAAACACUUCUGCUUUGAACAUUUCAGCAACCCAAAUGGACACGGAAAACACUUGCGUUAUUUGCACGGAAAUGUGGACGACCAGCGAUUCGCAUCAUGUUGUUGCUCUCAAGUGUGGUCACCUUUUUGGGAAAAGUUGCAUCGAAAAUUGGCUUGCACCUUCGCGAAACUACAAUCGAUGUCCACAGUGCAACAAGCCUGCCAAGCGACGCGAUAUUUACAAAAUUUACUCUCGUUGUGUCAGACCUUUAGACACCUGGGAAAGGGACGAAACAUAUGCCAAAAUGAAAGUUUUAGAACAGAAAAACAGCACUUUGGAGACGAUACUCAAACAAACGCAAGCUUUGAACAAGCGUCUUAUAAGUGAAAAAGAAACUUUGGAGUGCACAGUAUUAUCUCUGAAACAAAUGAAAAGCAACAUUUCGGCAACAAGCAUUGACGCAAACAUCAAGAAUUACAUGUCCAGUAGAACUACCAUGUUCAAAGUCACUUUCUUCAGGGAUUUCGCCAUUAAUGAGGGAAAUUGCCGUCGUCAGUGCUACUCUUCGUUAACUGAAUCGCUAGCCAUUUCUACGACAAGUGCGAAACAGGACAACAGCAGAUUUCCGAAAUUCGGCAUCAAAAAGGUUCCUUUGAACACCGGCGGAAGACUUGAAAUGAUCAACAUUCACACGGAGCCAAUAAGAGACAUGGUUAUCAACAAAUAUGACAGCACCAUCGCUUCCGUGUCUUUGGACAAAACAAUCAAAAUUUCAUCUUUCAUGUCUAAAGAGACGCACUUGUCUUCAACUUUUGAAGUGGCUCCUUGGAGCGUUCAUUUCUACGAAAACCGGCCAAAUCUUUUGUUCAUCGGACUAAAUGGUGGUGUCAUUUCAGUGCGCGACAAGCGAAAGUUCAACGAAAGUGUCUUGUCACUAAGAGCACCAACUCAAACUCCCGUUUACUCUCUCAGUACCAUUGAAUUCGGCGAGAAAAACUCCAAGAGAACUGCCCUCUUGUCUGUACAGCCGGACACUUGUUCACUGUUCAUCUUUUCCAACGGAAUCGAUCCCUCUUCGAGUGAUUACAAAAUGGAAAGGAUUCCCAUUGAGGGCAGAUUUGCUUCAACAUGGUUCGAUUCUAAAAGCGGUCUUUCGUUGCUUUCUUGUCGACCUUCUCCAAAGCAUGAGAAAAUGACUCAUUUGGUCUUAUCGUUUGUGGAAAACACUUCAUCUAAUUUGAUUCCAAAUAUCGUCAACAUCUUUGAAGGUGGAACUAAAAGUACAGUCUUUCCCCGUUCGAAGAUGUACGCCAAUCCACUAAACGAUGAGAACGUCAUUCUUUGCGCUGGCGAUGAAGCCUCUAAUGGUGCCAUUUUUUGGGAUUAUAACGCAAGUCAAAGCCGCUUCAACACAUCUAACAUCACUCAACAGCCACCAAUAGUUGACAUUGAAAUGAUCCAUGAUCAGCACUUCUCUUCAAGUCCCAUCAUUUCAUGCCUAAGUGAAAACGUAGUCAAAUUGUACAAACUGUCAGGGUAA